UGCUUGCUUUUCCCGCGCCUUGAAAGGUGUUCCCGCUCCUCCGACGAAAACCCUAAUGCGAGAAAUGGGUACGAAGCACCAAUCUCUUUCAUCGUCCGACCCCAAGAAGCGACGCCGAGUUGGAUUCUCAGAAAUCGAUGCCGGAGUUCAAGCUAGUGACUGUAUCGAUAUAUAUUUAGCUUCCAAACAAGAGGAGGUGGGCUCUAUAAAUAGUUUCCAUCUUGAGACUAUUGAUUUAAAUAGUUUUUUUGAAGAUGAUGGAUAUAUUUUUGGUUAUCAGGGCUUGAAGAUUACAAUCUGGAUUAACACAGUAUCAUUCCAUGCAUAUGCUGAUAUUUCUUUUCAGAGUUCAUCUGAUGGAGGCAAAGGCAUCACUGAUCUAAAGUCUGCUCUUCAGAGUAUUUUUGCAGAUAAUCUUCUUGAAGAGAAAGAUGUGUUCCUUCAAACCUUCUCAAAGGAAAGACAUUACAUUAAAUAUGUUAGCUCAAAUGCUGAACCCUUGAAACAUGAAACUUCUACUGAUCAUAUAGCUGGUUCAGAUGCUGAGAUUCAGGUAUUUCGCAUUGUUGGAGAGCCUCUGGGACACUUUUACUGUCGGCUGGUGCCUCUUGUACUUCUUUUAGUCGAGGGGAGCAACCCUAUUGAUGUGACUGAUCCAAGAUGGGAAAUAUAUCUUUCAGUCAAGAAGAGUUCUGAUCUCCAAGACGACUAUCAUCUGCAGCUGCUUGGCUUUUCAGCCGUAUACAGGUUUCAUCAUUAUCCUGAUGGUGCACGAUUGCGUCUUGGUCAGAUACUGGUGUUACCCCAAUACCAACACAAGGGCUAUGGUCGGAACCUUAUAAAGGUGCUCAACAAUGUUGCGACAAAUGAAAAUGUUUAUGACCUGACUGUAGAAGAACCGGAUGACUCCUUUCAACAUGUCAGAACAUGCAUUGAUGUAGAGCGUUUGUUUGCAUUUGGUCCAAUUAAGAGUGCAUGGGACUCGGAUGCCUUGUGUAUAAAGAAAGGAAAAAAGGGUUCAAAAAGAAGCAUCGGCGAGAUACAGAGAUUGCGCCCGCCAGCUAAGGUUAUUGAAGCAGUCAGGAAAGCUCUGAAAAUAAACAAAAAACAAUUGAUGCAGUGCUGGGAGGUUCUCAUCUAUCUCCACUUGGAUGAUGAUGAUGAUAUGGAGGGGUUCAGAGCUGUGGUUGCAGAUAGAGUGAGGGGUGAUGUGAUCGGGGCAAAGGGUUCAGUAGCGAGCGGUGGGAAGCGGGGGGUGGUUGAUGUUCCAACUGAGUAUGAUGAGGACACAUCAUUUGUGAUGUUUGAAUUUCGGGAUGAAGGGGCAGCGGCUUCUUGCAGCAUAGACAAAGGAGACGAUGAAAAGGUGGUGGAGCAGCUGGAGAAACUGGUGGAUGAGAGGAUGAAACAAAUCAAGUUCAUUUCAGAAAAGGUUUCUCUUCCUCUUCCUCUUCGUGGAUGAAGACCUGAGUAAGCAAUAGAGUACACAAGAAUUGCCCUGAUUAAGGAGGAUCUCAGCCAGUUGGCUUUGACUUUUUAUGUACUUCCAUUAUUUGUAGCCCUGAAUCCCUGAUUCCCAUGGUUCCGAGUUUGGUCUUAGCUCCUCAAGGUGAUCCUCAGAAACUGCCCCUUGUCAAAACUCAAAAUUAACCUAGCUUACCAUUUCAUGUAGAUGUUAAACGGUGGGUUUCUUCUCCACUCCCUGAUGAACAGCCAUGCAAUGUCAUGUUCACUCUUUUUUAGUGUCUGCCUUUACGUCAAUUUACCAUUCAUGGUGGCAAUUUUAAUGAAAAUGACAGGAGUAUUAGGAAGGUGGCAGCCUUUAUAUUGAUUUUUUAUUCCGAAGAUGUAGGCACGUGCGAAGUAAGGAAUAGAUGUGGCAUUUUUUUGCAGUAUAAUGUAUCAAAAUUAUGUUUUUAAACUACCAUUGUGUUGUGGAUUCUUUUUGGGGGUCACAUAUACAGGCAGUACAGCGCACACGCAAAGGAUUCAAAGGCGUAUGGCCUAGCAGCCAACAAUUUAC